AGGUCUUAUCACUUUACACUGAAUACAUCGCUGUGGUGUGCUAAUGUAUCAUAAACUGCACGGCUAGCUCUUGGUAGGCAGAACAUUUCGCCAAAUUGUCUAUCAAACUUCAAAAAAUUUGCAGAAAACCUGUUACGUUCUAACAAAAUCUCAAUUAUUUCAUGAAAUUAUUUCGCCAAAAUAAAAUAAAAUUCACCAAAUAUUUUUGAAAUUCACAAUUGGUGAGUGCCAGAGCUAACCCUAAACUGUAGUGUAUGGUUAUUAACAGUGUUUUUGCUAGAAAGAAAUUUUUGGGUAUGGCGCUAUGGAAUUGGAUACAAACAUAGUCAACAGUGGAUAUGGGGGGCUUUCCCCAGAAAAAAAUGGUUAAGUUUAAUGUUAAGGUUAAGAAAAUCAUACAGUAAUAAUAAGGGUAAUUAAUUUUGUCAAAAGGUUGACUUAAAUAAAUAAAAUCUGCAAAACUUUAGGUAUGGCGCCAUACCCAUUUUACCCUCUGGCAGAAAACCCUGGUUAAAUAUUCAGAGAAUACUUGAUGUCCUAUGAGGCAAUACUAUUUAUCUUGCAUACAUGAGUGAAUUGAAGUUCUUUACAAGCCUUUGGAGAGUGAAAGAUGGCAUCAGUUCACUAGUGCCAGUCCUUGGAUAAACUACUAGGCCAAGUAAAACAAAAUGUUUGGUUCCUGUUACAUGCCCCCGCAAAAUCAGGGUAGUUGUUGAAGAUGACAGCAUCACAAACCUGGGUCUGCGACUGGUGGCCAGCACCGUGACGUCAUUCCUUGUGCUUGCAUUGCUGCUGUUUGUCGUCCACAGGCUCAGACAGAGGCGCCUCCUACUGGCCAUGAGACGUUUUGAAAUUGAAGCCAGGAGGCACCAGAUGGAGGAAGCCGAUUCCGACCUCAAUAUCCCAGAUACCUUCUUUGGUAUUGAGUGUCCUCCCUACGAAGACCCACCACCACCGUAUUCCUCACCCAAACCCACUCCUAGAAUACUACCAAGGGAGGCACCUCCACCCUACGAAGAAGUGAACCACACUCAAAACAGUACCCCUGCUGGUGUUGGUAAUGGUGAUGGUGGGAGGAUACCCGACAGAAGUAAUAAUAAUCAUAAUCAUAAUAGAACACACGACGUGGUGCGGAAUCAAGGCACUGAAGUCUCGCGUGAAUGCAACAACCAACAAGCUAUAUGUAGUCGUUCUGUAAUGAGUGAAAUCUGUCAGCUCAUUCACGAUCAUCACCAGACGAGAAAUGCAAGGACUAAUGGAAUCCCUUUGGAGCAGGAACAGCCACAGAGACAGUCGCCAGCGUCUAGCACAGAGUGCACACCUUCAAGACGAGCUUGGAACAGUCUGGACUCGUCACAGAGUACACAGAAGGCAACCCAGAAUGAGUGUCUGGGUAAUUUUUGUGAAAGUGUUGAGUCUUUGCAUGGCUGUGGUUGUCUGAGCGAACAGACACUUUUGAAACAGUCAUACGGCCCGGAGAACUCGAAUAAUCAACAAGACGGUCGCGGCUUGGGGAGACAAUCAGGACAGUGUGGUGUUGAUCAGGUUUUAGGAUGUGCUUGUACGCAGUCGCCGCCGGACCGUGAACUACGAACACCUGCAUCAUCGGGUAGUGUGGCUUCAGAGAACAGGGAGCACGGCUGCGUGCCAAUCAGUAACAUGCAUAAAUAUUCUUCUCUGCCAUCUAGUAGCAGAAAUAUUGCAGUGGAUCAGAGAUCCGAUUCUGUGCCAAAUGUUGGAGAAAAUGAAAAAACAUUGACAAAUCAUAAUACAAAAUACCCCAUUUUGCCAAAGCCAUUGUCCUGCCGACCUGAUAAGCGUAGUGAGCCUGGUAAUCAUUCACAGAGUUGUGGCCCACUGAGGAGCAGUCUGCCCAGGAUGGUGAAUCAGGAAGAGAUCAGUCAGAGUCUUCCACUUGUUCUUCCAGUCAGUGCAGACCGCAUAAUGGCCUGUGACAGAUCAACAGCAUUAGUAGAGGAAGGCCCUGGUCGAGUGGAAACACAGGAAAUGCACAAGUUGACGGACAGUGAACAUCACACGUUGAGGAACAUUCGUCUUUUAAACCUGUGGUGUGAUCCAAACUCGAGGCCCGAGAGCCCGGGGUCGCCUAGCUCAACCCUGGAGAAAAAUAUUAUCCGAUCACAUUCAGUCAAUUCAGAAAUUUCUUUGAUAUCCGUGUGUUCAGAAACUGGUGAGAAACGGGCAUCUAGAAAUGCUGCCAAAGUGUUAGAAAGUGAUUCACAGUAUCCAGAAAUUCCUGUCUCUGCACAUGCCUUGAGGUUAACACUUGAAUCUGAUGCAGUCCGGGGUCUUGAAAGGGAGGCUACUCCUCAAAAAUCAGGAUUUCACAAUGUUUCUGAUAAUGGAAACUGCAAGUCUCCUGCAGUAUCAAACGAUCAUCACAAUUCCACUGUUCUUAAUCCAACUGAAUUGAAUCGGGACCAUUUUGAAAGUGCUGCAAGAGAUGAGAAACUUAAAAAACUACGGUUAAAUGCUAUUAAAGAGAAUGGCAUUGAAAUGACCAGUUACGUAAAACCUUCUGAAGAAAGUCAUUCAACAAACGAAGUAACACAACCGCAAAACAAGCAACCUGAGCCUUCUAAACACAAGACGAAGACCAAGAAAAAAGAAAAACAGAACCGGCAUUCCACAGGUGGUAUUAUUACUCAAAAACCAAAGAGACCCCCCUUGGCUGCUGUUCAUUUAGGCAGUGCAAAGAUGACUGACGCAGCUGCUGAGACUGCUACACUAUCCAACAUGAAGACCUGUGCAAUACAAGUAAAACCUGCUGUAGACCCCGCAAAAAAGAAACCCAAUAAGUCGGUGGGUGGUUCCUUCAAGCAGUACGGUUUUAUUGAUGAUCCUAGUCACUUUCAGUCUCAGCCUGUCGUCAAAGAUGACCAAAAAAUGGACUUUGUUAGGCAGAGUCCACGGGACGGCAGACAUGUUACCAAAGAUCCUGAACACAGGAGUCCAAUAGUGGCAAGCAAACUUGGUGCGAAAAGACACUUGACAAGUGCAGACAAAAGCUCCUACAGCCCCAGUCCGACGAGACACAAGACAUCCAGACCACGAUCCAUGAUCCAUGCAACAAAAGACGCAAGUCCUGCAACGGAACAUCUAAACCAGUAUUUGGUAACCAGUCAAAACAUUCCCCGAAGGAAGUUACAGCAGAGUUCUCGCUCUAAAAAGAGACAGUCGUAUCCAGUGUCUCAGAAUGUGCAACCUGCAAUGGAUGUCUCCAGUAGUUUUGUAAGCACACCACAUUCUGUGGUGGCAGCUGAGGACAGAAUAGCUAACAAAGCGGAGACCAUCUCCAGUUCCUUGUCAAAUGGAGCCGUUGUACAGACUCUGGCAAAGCAACAAGUAGAGCAUGAUUCUACUAGCAACAACCCUAUUGGACUUAUUACUGUUAGAAAUGGACCCCUGAGUAGUUACGUUUAGUGUUUAAUAUUUUACAUAAUAUUUUUAUUAUUUUAUGUUGUGUCUCACUUAGCAGGAACACUUAACAAAGACAAUUCCUUUGCAUCAUGUGGACCAUUUUCUUUGUAAAUACUUCUCAAUAAUAUUGCAAUUAUUAUUAUAGUAGUUGUUUUGUUUUGUUUUUAUUUAGCAUCAUAUUACUUUGUCUACAGUCUAUUUAACAGUUGUAUCGAGAGUUACACGCCUUGCAUGUACCUCUGCAGAAAUACACAAAUAAUGUAAUAUGAUUGUCAGUAUAUUUUCUUGUUUAUAAUCACAGGUUUUUACAAGUUUACUUGAAAACAUAUACAUGGAGGCCUACUUACUACUUAGUGAUUAACUGCCUGGGUGUUCUUUUUAAUUUGUUUCCAAUCCAUUAAAGGAACAGUCCUGAGUUUACAACCAUUGUAAAAUCUUUCCGACCAUUAGAACCUUUUUGAUGAUGUAACAUACAAAUUCAAUACAUUUUCUUAUUUAAAAUAUCAUGUCUGUAUUUACAAGGUGCUUGUAGUAGCCCAAAUCAGAUUUUAACUCCCAAUAAUUUCGUACGUAUGAAACAAUAUA